CGCAGUUUAGCUUGAUCAUUGUAUAGAGAUAAAAGCACCUCGGUCACACAAUGUUUGUAAGGCAUCCCAGUUUGUAUCUGACCCUAUUUCUGUGGAUUACAGCCUCCUGGAGCUGGGUUGAUGCCGGUGCUUGGAAGCAGGAUGAGUCUUUCUUCACUGGCAGUAUUUACAGGGCAAGAUGCACAUCCCGAUGCCUGAGCCUGCAUAUCACUCGCAUCUCUGCUUUUUUCAAACAUUUUCAGAAUAACGGAUCCUUGGUUUGGUGUCAGAAUCAUAAGCAGUGCUCCAAGUGCCUGGAGCCUUGCAAAGAAGCCUGGGAUUUGAAGGAGAAUCAGUGCCAAAACUUAUGCGAGCCUCUGUUUCCCAAGAAACACUAUGAGUGUCUGACCAGCUGUGAGUUUCUGAAAUCCAUCCAGUCGUUGAAGCAGGGAGACUGCCCAGCCCCGGAGAAAGCCAGUGGAUUUGCUGCUGCCUGUGUGGAGAGCUGUGAGGAUGACAGCGAGUGCUCAACGGUGAAGAAGUGCUGCUCCAAUGGCUGUGGACACACCUGCCAGCUACCAAAAAAUCUGUACAAGGGAGCUCCACUGAAGCCCAGGAAGGAACUGAGCUUUACAGAGUACCCAUCUGGCCAGCUGGAGAUCAAAUGGUCAUCAAAGUUCAACAUCUCUGUGGAACCAGUGCUUUAUGUAGUCCAGAGACGAUGGAACUAUGGCAUACACCCCAGUGAAGAUGAUGCUACUGACUGGGAGACUGUGGCUCAGACAACAGAUGAGCGUGUGCAACUGUCUGACACCCGGGCUAGCAGGUGGUACCAGUUCAGAGUGGCUGCUGUUAAUGUCCAUGGAACAAGAGGAUUCCCUGCCCCCAGCAAACACUUUCGCUCCUCCAAAGAUCCCUCUGCGCCUCCGACCCCGUCCAGUCUGAGAAUCUCGAACAUGACCACAAAUGGUGACGGCUCCCUCUCCGCAAGGAUCUCCUGGGCUCUUCCUGAGGAGCUUGACAUUCCAGUCCACCAUUACAAAGUCAUCUGGAGCUGGACUGUCAGUGGGAAAUCCAUGGUGCCGGCAAAGAAAAAGAGAAGAAAGACCACCAACGGGUCCCAAAACUAUGUGGAUCUGGAGGGGCUCCAGCAAGACAGCAGUUAUAUGGUAGAGCUGCAGGCCGUCACAUACUGGGGACAAGUGCGUCUGAAGAGUGCCAAGGUCUCCCUAUACUUCAGCACAUUGAGAGCAAAUGACACAAAGGAGCAGCCUAUCACUUCAUCAAAGACAAGGAAAGGGGGUAGCCACACUCUGAGCUCUAAUACAGGGAAAAGUCCAACAAGUCCUCUAGAGAUAGGUGCUCCAUUCUACCAGGACGGACAGCUUCAGGUGAAGGUCUACUUGAAGAAAAGAGGAGAUACCAGCAUUACCCAUUACCAUGUCCAGUGGAUACCAGAGUCUUGCACUUAUAAUGAAACAAAGGGACCUGAGAAAGCUGUUACACAGGAAAACUACAUACAUCUCCAAGGGCUGCUGUUUUCAUGCAAGUAUAGAGUGACUGUCCAGGCUAUGAAAUCUAAGGGCCGCUCAAAGGCAGAAACCACAAGCUUUACCACUCCACCAUGCUCUGUUCUCAAAGGGAAGAGCUAUAAACACAUUAAUUGUCCAGGAGAAGCAGUGGCAGUGCUUCAGAAAGUGCUUGCCAAGCCAGAGAACCUGUCUGCAUCCUUCAUCAUUCAGGAAGGGAAUAUUACAGGCAAUUUCUUCUGGAGAAUAUCAAGGGCAAACCUACACCAGCCUGUGACAGGGUUGCAAGUCACAUGGGCAGAGGUCACCACAGAGAGCAGACAGAACAGUUUACCCAACAGCAUCAUCUCCCAGUCACAGAUACUGCCUCCUGACCACCAUCUUCUUACAGUAUCAAAUUUGAGGCCAUCAACCUUGUACAGACUGGAAGUGCAGGUGUUAACAACGGGAGGAGAAGGCCCAGCAACGGUUAAAACAUUUCAAACACCUGACAUUCCAACAGCUCGCCCACACAGGCCCAGGCUCAAACACCACCAUCAGCAUCACAGAAAGCCAUCUUCAGGAAAACACUGAAGACCCAAACACAGUGAGACACAGAGAAAUUAAAUCUGAGCAGCACCAACUGCAAAAAAAAAAAAAAAAAAAACAGACUGAUGUUACUGUUUAAACCUAUGAGAGGUGUUUUUUUUUUCUCUUCAACUGGAAGGUGCCCAACUAUUUUAAUUGGACACAUCUCCAGCCUUGCUAAACUUACUAUUGCAAAUUGUCACAUGUACCAGUCACUUCAGCAUCCUAAGAUGCACUGAACUAAGGUCUCCUGUACACUUUCACAUUUGCUGGGGUUGUAGUUUUUUUUUUUUUAAAUAUGUAUAUGCACGAUUCUAGGGUAUUUUAGACUCAAAUACCGCUAGUAAUAUUUUGGCUAAGAUAUCAUGUCACAUUUAAAUUAUAACCGACAUGACAUUAUAUAAAUAAUGAAUUAUGAGAAGAAUAUUGAGUAGCGUAGAAACACAUGUUCAUAUGAACCUUUUCCUUCAAAAAGUCGUCUUAUUAUGAUGGCAGGUUUAAUGAUUUGUAGAAAGGAAAAAGCCAAUAUUGCAUCUUUGAGAAACAGAACAAGUGCCAUAAUGCUUGUACAGUAUGUUACAGUUGCCAUCUGCAAGAGUAGCUUUGGAUCAAACUAUUUAUUACCUAGAACUAAGUAAUCCCAAGUGGUGCUUAAUAGUACAUAAUCUUGAUGGAUAAUGUUACUAAAAAUGUAGUUUAAGAUUAAUUGCAUGUAGGAAUCGAUUUAAUGUAAAAUGCAAAUUAAUUAAUAGUUGCAGAUUUAAUCAUAUAUGGUUUUGCAUGACAAAACUUAAGUGUUCUGUUUGAUGCAUGAAAUACAAUGUCUGUGUUACAUCUUCUGAAUAUAUUAGCUUAACUCAGUUUACAGAAUAAUUAACAGAGGACUCUAUGAACAAAUAUUUACUUUUAUUAAUAGAAUGAUAGUUUAGUGUAGAAGUUUAGUGUAUUUACUAAACUGGCUGUAGAAAUCAUGCUCAUGUCAGUCAUUUAAUGUCAAUAUUUAUUUAUAUAUGUAUUACAGAAUGUUUUUUUGUGUGUGUUUCAGUCUAGCUUGUUUUUUAAACAGAUAUACUUGUAAAAACAUUUUGUAAAAAUUGAAUUGUAAAUAGAGUUCAGUGUCAUGGUGCUCGUUAUUUUUCAUGUUAGAAAUUGUAUAUAGUGUUAUUGAAUAAAGAAA